AUGAAAAUGCUGCCAGUUCCGCAAGAUGGCCUGCAAGAUGUUCAGGCUGCUACCGAGGACGAUCCGGAGUCUCUGUCGAAAUUUUAUGAUGCGCUGGCACAUGGGACCCUUCCCUCCGCUCGGUUAAGCAUUUCAAGGGGCUUGGAAAUGGUCCCGACCUGGCCCUGCCCGCUGCCCCCCCAGCUGGUUGCUCGAGGACUGUCCUAUCGAAUCACCGUCAUGUCGCCUCGCAUGCUGCCCACGUGCGACGUGCGAAACCCGUACCUGCAGUCGUGGUUUCCUUUGUCGCUGCAGGAUUCCGCGCUGUUCCCAGCCCUUCUGUCGUCUACCUUGACACACCGGAGAGCUCGCUGCCUCCUGGGUGAUGAGUCACCCGACUCGUUCGAUCAGCAGGAUCGGUUAUUUUUGGCCUCGUGUUACGCCCACACCGUGAGGGCCCUCAACGGGGCCAUGCGGCAGCCCCUCCAAGAUGUCCGGGAUGCCACCAUCCUUGCGGUGCUGAUGCUGGUGGAAAGCCCGACGAUCCAAUCGGAGCGAGAUUGGACCAAAUCGCCAGUGUUCCAGGCUCCACUACGAGGGAUGCAGUGGCUCAAUGUUCAUGGCGCGCGAGAGCCGCACCAGGCCCACCAGAGCGGGCUGUGCAGACUGGUCCAGCUGAAGGGAGGCCUCCCUCGCAUCCAGUUGCCCGGCGUGGCGGCGGCCAUUUCCUUCCGCGUGCUGGUGAAUGCCACUUUGACCCUGUCUGCUCCGCCCCUGCCAUUCCACCCCCUGGCGGAAGGCAGUCCUCGAACGGUGAGAGACUUCCUGGACCAUUGCUCUGACGGGAGAGAUGCCCGAUCGGACAGGAUGCCGUCAUUGGGGCUUACCCCCGAUUUGGCCGAAGUCUUCGAGGGAAUGGCACUCUAUACGGCCAUCGUGGACCGGUAUGUCCGAGGCGAGAUCGCCAGGCCAGAUACGCAGGAGAUGUGUGACCAGCGCAAUCUGAUUCAGCACCGCCUCAUGUCUCUUCCCCCAGCGGAUGGCUCCUCCGAGUUUGAUCGCUUCUGCGAAGUGUGCCGCGUGUCGGCAAUCAUCUACAGCAUUGGGGUAAUAUUCCCCUUGCCUGCGGCGACAGCACCCUUCUCCCCUUUGGUCCAGACCCUCCGGACCAAUCUGGGGGAUGGACCGCUAGAGGCCGGCUGGCAUUUGUCUGUAGACAAAAGUGUCUUACUCUGGUCCAUUACGAUAGGAGGUAUAGCGGCAUUCGCCACGCCGGAGCGAGAGCGGUUUGUUCGGACGCUACAUGGAAUGACCGUAGAUGCUGGGCUGAGCGAGUGGAGUACACUCCGAAAGUCCCUUAAGAUGAUGCCAUGGCUGGAAAGCGCGUGUGAUGCUGCCGGUGAGAAGCUGUGGAAUGAGGCACAACAGUUCGGGCAGCCGAAGCAAGUGAGGUCAUCACCGGUCCGUCUGACAUAUGGGACGAGGCUCGACGACGUGCAGGGCCCCCGACGGAGGACACCCGCCUGCCUGUCAUGUAGAAGCCGGGGAGUGAAGUGCAACAAAGGCAUGCCGUGCCAGAGUUGCGUUAAACAUGGGACCCCCUGUUCAUAUGGCAACCGGGACGAUACGGUUGUGCCCGCUCGGGUCCACAUAUUUUCCAUUCGCAAGCAGCCUUGCCAGCUGUGUAAGCGCCGGAAGGUGCGAUGCGAUAAGGAGAGGCCGUGCCAGAACUGCAAGAAGGCGGGAUUGACCUGUACGCCAUUGAGCCAUUAAGCACUGUCGGACAGAGUACCCGCCGGGAAGCGGAUGUAGCGCCAGUUGAGAAUCAAGAGAGAGAAGUAAUAUCCAGGAAGGAAUUGAG